AUUUUUUGUUCUGAUACUCAAACUUCAUUGCAACUUAACUUGCGUUAUUAAUAUAAUUUUAUUAUGAUUGUUUAUCCAAAAUUUAUUAUUAAACAACUAUUAUUUCUAUUAAUUUAAUCGGGUAUUAUUGAGUCACUACUGUAUGCUCUAUGAUCACGUGCAAAUCCUUGACCAAUUACGUCAAUUUCAAGACCCCUAUACGUGGCAUGAACUACGAAAUCUAUUUCAUGUCAGCCAUUUUGACAUUUACGUGGAGUGAGGGUUAAUGUGGUAACUAAACGGAAGGAUAUCAGAACGUCUUGAUCUCGGGUUGUAAGUAAUACGUUUCAGGUCGUGUUCAGGGACUUCUGUAAUCAGUCCUUAUUUUGUCUCAGGUAGUGUUUUUCCAAUAAGAAGAAUGGGGAAUGUAUUCGCAAAUCUUUUCAAAGGCCUUUUUGGUAAAAAAGAAAUGAGGAUAUUAAUGGUAGGGUUAGAUGCUGCAGGAAAAACUACAAUUCUCUACAAAUUGAAAUUGGGAGAGAUAGUAACGACAAUUCCAACAAUUGGUUUUAAUGUUGAAACUGUGGAGUACAAGAACAUAAGUUUCACAGUAUGGGAUGUCGGUGGCCAAGAUAAAAUCAGGCCUUUAUGGCGGCACUACUUCCAGAAUACACAGGGCCUGAUCUUCGUAGUGGACAGCAACGACAGAGAACGCAUCGGGGAGGCAAGGGAAGAGCUGAUGAGAAUGCUUGCUGAGGAUGAGCUGAGAGAUGCUGUACUUCUCAUCUUCGCAAACAAACAGGAUCUGCCGAAUGCAAUGAACGCAGCGGAGAUAACCGACAAGCUGGGCUUGCACUCGCUGCGGAACCGCAACUGGUACAUCCAGGCAACGUGUGCCACGAGUGGCGACGGCCUGUACGAAGGCCUCGACUGGCUCUCCAACCAACUCAAGAACGCCAAUCGCUAAGCAGGCCGGCUCUUGAGCCCGCUGGGUCGCGACUGACAUUGGACAGUUUUGGAAGUUUCCUCACCUGGUCCCAAAAAUUGGACAGAUUUUACAUAUUUCUCAUGUUCGACCACAUGUGAUAUUUGUAUGGAGAAUUUCUUUUGCUAAGUUCGUUGUCUGUUUUGCACCUUCAUUUUCCCCAUGAUCAUUUGCUGAGAAAGCAUCAAAAGGUUGUUUUCUUUUUGUUACGUAUAGCUGGACUUAAAAUAAGUACAGAAAGUAAGUUGUAUCUUUGUGCAUCAAACAUGUUGAAGAGAAGCAACGUGGAAUGGAAGAGUGCCCGAUUCGAGUGUCUUCAGUUCCAAAGUGUCAUAGGUUUGAGAAAUUUGUAAAACUGUAGUGUUUUUGAGGCGUUUGUGCCCAAGGAGCUUCUAGGGGGGCCAGCAUGCGUGGACUUUAGCGCUGCAUUACUUUCGCAACUCGGGAGUCUGCAAGCAAAAUACCACACGUCUGUUUUUUAUUUGCAUUUUGCUUGCAUUUUCCAUUGUAAUGGCUGAUGGUUCGUCUUUUCAGGAUGAGCAAAACACCAGUGGUGUUUAAACUUCAUGUUUCAUUAAUAAAUAUGCUGUUGUGACAGACCUGCAUUUCUUUUCCUUGCUUUUCAUUGUUUUUAUAACAUAGAUUAAUUACUUCAUUUUUGUCUUUGUAAUUGCUUUUUUGUGGUAUAUGCCUUUGCAAUUGAGGAGAAAUAGCAGGUCUGUUUCUACAUGUUGGCAUUUGGACUGUAAAAUAAUUCAGGUUUGCAACAAGUAGAAAUUUGAAUCAAUUGAUAAAAAUUGUGCUAUUCUUCAAUUUAAUAUCCUUGUUUUGCAGAUUUGAUAUUUCUAGUGUAUGAAACUGACAAAAAGUGUAGAACUCAAUGUAUAAAAUUUACGAAUAUAUACGAUGAAAUGUUGACAUUCCGCAGUUUUGUCUUGUCACAAAGAUUUUUUGUUCAUUUUCCUGGUUUAUUUUAUAAAUCUACGUAACUACUAGUGAUGGAGUGCGAAGUCAAAAGAUUAGUAGCUAGGUCGUAAUGGAAGAGCUGUCGUGGUUGGUAACGUUUAAGUUCACCCACUUGUUUGGUGCACUCAAAUGCCUUCACACUUGGUUUAGUUAGAGUGCUGGAGCAGGGCUGCAAUCUCUUACUACCUGGUUAAAGUUUAGGUAUUGUUUGUAGUUUAGUACACCCUCAUAAAUGUAACAUUAAAUUAUUACCACUUAUUUUUAUGAAACUUUGCAUAUUGUGUAAGUGUGCAGUACUCGUGGAGAGAAAUAUAUAAUGUGUUUGUGCUUU